AUGGACAAAGACCUGCAAGACGCUUCAAAACCACCGCCGCCAGCCCGCGCGCCGUGGUGGCGGUCCAAGAAGGUCAUUAUUGCUGCCGCGAUCGCGGCCGCUCUCAUCAUCAUCGGAUUGGCAGUCGGGCUUGGCGUCGGCUUGACGAGAGGCAACGGCGGCGACAACGGCGACAACGGCGACAAUGGCCAGGAGCCACCGGGCGGCGGCGCCGAUGUCAACCGAACCACCAUCUACAAGCCCAAGGCCGGCACUACAUGGCAAAUCAUCCUCAGCAAGCCCGUCAAGCUGGGCGACAACGGCGAGGUUACGCCCAAGACCGAGGCGUACGACCUCGACAUGUUCGACAACGACGCCGAGUCGUUUGUCGCGCUUCACAAUGCCGGCGUCAGCGUGAUUUGCUACUUCAGCGCAGGAACCUACGAAGACUGGCGGAGCGACAAGGACAAGUUUGACCAGGCCGACAUGGGGAAGCCGCUCGGCGACUGGCCCGGCGAGAGGUGGCUCAACAUAUCGAGCCCUACGGUGCGCGACAUCAUGAAGGAGCGCAUCAAGCUGGCCGCGUCCAAAGGCUGCCUCGCCAUCGACCCGGACAAUGUCGACGGCUAUCAAAACGACAACGGCCUGGGGCUCACCACCGACCAGGCCGUGGACUUUGUCAAGUUCCUGGCAAACGAGGCCGCCUCGUACAACAUGUCGACGGGCCUCAAGAACGCCGCGGACAUUAUAGGCGACGUCUUGGACGUCGUCGCCUUCUCCGUCAACGAGCAGUGUGUCGAGAACAGCGAGUGCGAGUCCUAUGCGCCCUUCAUCGAGGCGGGAAAACCCGUCUUCAACAUUGAGUACCCCAGCGACGCCGGCGCUGCGAGGGGCGUCAGCUCUACCACUUCCACCGACAUCUGCUCCAGGAGGGGCAAGUCCAGGGGCGCCGAAAACUUUAGCACCGUCAUCAAGAAGAUGAACUUGGACGGCUGGGUAGAGUACUGCGACCAGAAGGUGUUUACAACCGACAUCUUCAGCUGA